AUGCCGGACUAUGGAUCUGCAGGUCCAUCAUUCUUGUCCUGUUCAGAUUCAAGAACCUUAAAGGAGAAACUUCUCAAUGAAGGGUUGGCUGAGUUAGUAAUUGAACUUCUAAAACCACCAACCAAGUUAACGUCAACCCAGUUAGCUAAACUGGCAGAACUGAUUGCAGAAGUUGCAAAAUGUGAACUUGGAAGAAAGCCACUUUCUGAUCCCACAGUUCUUUCAACUUUGUUGGAGUUAUUGUCUGACAAGGACAAUCAAGUUGUUCUGCAGUCUUGUCGAGCUCUCGGGAACAUCUGUUACGACAACG